AUGGAUUCAGCAGCAGAUUCGCUUCUGGCCCUCUCCAAUGUUGCUACAGUGACCACUGGGCACAAUGAACCAGUCUCAGAUGACGACCGCUCUAGCAGUCUGAGCGAGCUAGACGAUAACCUCGACGAUGUUGAAGAUGAAGGAACUCAGCCGGUCAAAGUGACCGAAGUUGAUUCAGAGGCCGAGACCGAGCGCCUACAGGUUACUCCUGAUAACCUUACCCGAAAGCAGCCUUUGCAAAUCAGCCCCAGCAAGUUAGCUCACAGAGAGGACGUCGACAUGCGGCCCGAGAUAGAGAGCUUAACAGAAAGCGCCAUGUCAUCGCCCAUAUCCUCCCACCCUGAUUCUGAAAUUGAAGGCGGGCUAAGUGACGGAGAGGCCAACCAUGAAGCACAACGAGAACCUGAGGCGGACGGGACAACCUCACCAAAUAAACGAAAAAGGCAAGCAAGUGAAUCGGACACUGAAGAGGCUCCUAGAUCGCAAAGGCGCCGGACAGGGUCUAUUGAAAGUGAGGAUGGAAAGUCCGAACCAGAGAGCGAAGGCAGGGACAGCCCCAGCCAACAUACCAGAGAACCCACGGUAGAAGCUGUAGUACCCGCGCCGCCACCAGACAACGAGGAUAUAGAAGAGCCAGGAGAGGAACAUCAAGAAGGUGAAAAGGCUGAUACCAGUGAGGAUUCCAAAGAUAAGGCCAGAAGUCGGCCACGCCGCAGAGCGAAAGGCGAAGUGCUACAAGAGCCCAAUGCAGAAGAUGACGACGAGGGUGAGCCGGCUGAAGAUACUGACGCUGUUGACGAGAACGAUGCCGAGGUGGCAGUCAAAACCGAGGAAGAACAGGCAAAACGAGUGGCGGCAAUGGAAGCCUUAUCCUCACUAGAACAGCAUUUCGCUGCAUUGAGAGAUCGACUUUACGACGAGCGGAUUGCCGGGAUCAACCAUGAACUUGCCUUGUUAUCAGAACCCAAACCAUCCCAUCCCGAGCUCCUACGACAGCUUGAAGCUGUGAAAAAGUACCGCGACGAUAAGUUCGAAGUGGAACAGAAGCUUCUGGUGUACAAGAUAGGCGCCCUCAAGAACAAAGCUGUCGCAGAACGCAGCCAGAUCCACAGUCAAUAUUUCCAAACGGUGCGAGACAUUCGCGAAAAGUACCUGGAACGAAUCAGCGAACACUUCUACCGCAUUCAGCGAGACAGAUUCAAGACCGAUUCCGCAAUACCAAAUUUCUCCAUCCCAUUCCCAGAACGACGUUCACAACAGAUCCUGCAACAGACCGCGUAUAACAAAGAAGUGUCGAUCCUAUCAGGUAUUGCUAAAUAUGUCGGCUUUCCUGCGGCUCCCGAGCUGGCUUCGUCAAAACAAACGGAUCUUGACGACGACAUGCAAAAGAUGGGGAUUUCACCCGCUCAGCUUCGACCUGUCAGGCCCACGCAAAGGCAAGCACAAGGCACGGCGGGGAGACAGAUAUCAGGUCCGCAAGCAGAAGAACAAUUUCUCGAACAGACGCCGUGGGCCAAUCCACAACAUCCGAUCCAUCGGUUGAGUCGGCAGAAUUCUAAUCGUUCGCCCAUAGCCGAGUUUCUGACACCAGCAAACCAACAACGCACAGCAGAUGGUCUCCAGCCUGCAGGGUCGGCCUCUACGAUCGUCGACCCGUCCGCCCAGAUCUCUUCUGCCAUUAACACUCCGCACGACGAACAACUAUACAGUAGUACGACGAAACUGGAACCUCAACCUGGUUCCAGUGUCCACAACUACCGUCUUCAUUCUACAUCUCCCCUGGAUACGCGGCGGGUGGCAUCUGGAGCUGGAACCGACUUCCAUAUCUCCACCGACAAUUCCGAGGCACUUACCAAAGACAGACACCGAGAUCUGAAUUCGUCGCCACUCACAUCCAGAGCGCAACAGGCAGCAGGCUCGCCGCCUCGAGCGGCGUCGGCGCGGCCGGACAAGGUUCCAUCGAGAUUCAAUGACGACUCUCCGUUUAGACACGCUAGGGACUCGGCCAUCACGGCAGGAUCGGGAUUGUCUGGGACGGGGAGAUUCAGCAUUCGAUAG